AUCAGAUAUGCAGCGCCAUGAACAACCACGAUCAUCGAGAGAGGAGGAAAAAUCCUUCAGUAAACUCCCGUCCACACUGGCCAUCAAGCUGUGCAGUGCGUGUGCUGUAUGAAUAGUGUUGCCAACAGUUCGGUAACUCCCUUUUAGACCAAGUACAAACAUAUUGGAAAUGCAUGAGCGUACUAUGUGGUGGCUCACAAUGAUGGCGGCGGCGGCGGCGACGACGGCGGCAGCAGGGUCCCCGACAGAACACUACCGGGUGCUGAUUCUGAGCCCUUUGGCGAGCCGGAGUCAGUAUCAUCUCUGCUCCUCCCUUGCUGAGGCUCUGGGAGGCGCUGGCCAUGACGUCACCCUCGUCACCUCCUUUAAUUCUAAAUCCUCCUCAAAACAUGCGGUGCGUCACGUGCACACGGGCGCUAACAACAGUAUGCUGGAGGAGAUGAACCUGUUUGAACUUCACGACAACCCAAGCAACACGUUUUCAGUGUUUGUGGAGGUAUUUCGUAUCAUCGGAAGACAGAUGUGGGAAAAAGAAAACAUAAAGCAGCUCUGGAGGGAAAGAAACACUUUCCACGCCAUCGUCAUCAUCAGCUACAUCAACGAGAUGGCAACACCCUUUCUGCUGGACUACCAAGGCGUCUACAUCAGUCUUUGCACACCUGGCAUCGAAAUUCGUACAUUUUCAAACCAAGCCAAUUGGCUUCCCUUCUCCGUGGUGCCAAGCAUCUUCACGGACUUCACCCAACAAAUGACUUUUCUCGAGAGAGCAAUCAAUCCUCUUAACUACCUUUUACAUUGUAUAUCCUAUUCCCUUACCAUGUUGCCAGCAGCUCAGAAUCUUCUUCAAGAGUUUUUCCCCGAUAUGCCGCCUUUGCGGACGCUUUAUUCCAACAGCUCUCUCACGCUCAUCAACGGCCACUUUUCCAUCGACGGACAAGUUCCUCUCCUGCCCACCCAAGUGGAGAUCGGCACCAUCAACACCAAGAGGCCUGAGACUUUGCCGCAGGACCUGAAGGAGUUUGUGGAAGGAGCCGGCGAGGACGGGGUCGUCCUCUUCAGUCUUGGCAGUAUAGCAAAGAGUACCCACAUACCUCAGAGAUAUAAGGAUAUCUUGGUGGAGGCCUUCCGGAGGCUGCCUCAGCGAGUGGUGUGGAAGUACGAAGGCGACGACCUUCAGCUGCCACCCAACGUGCUGGCCAAGGCGUGGGUUCCCCAGCAGGACCUCCUCGGACACAACAGGACAAGACUCUUCAUCUCUCACUGUGGCAACCUGGGACUGCAGGAGGCCCAGUACCACGGUGUGCCAGUCCUUGCCCUGCCUCUCGCCUUUGAUCAGCCGCGCAACGCCCACCGGAUGGCCAAGAAUGGCUACGGUUUGGUCCUGCACUGGAACGAGCUGUCCGUCGAGGCCUUGUUGGAGGCCGUCAACACUCUCCUUUACAAUCCGAAGUACCGAGAAAAGCUGCAGGCGGUGUCGCAAGCCCUGCAGGACCAAAAGGAGACACCUGCGGAGCGGGCCAUUUGGUGGGUGGAGUACGCCAUCCGUCACAAGGGUGCUCCAUACAUGGUCUACGCGGGGAAGCGCCUCCACUACCUGCAGUACGUCAUGGCUGACGUUGUCGUUUUUUGGCUUACAGUUCUUGUGUCGUGGCUCCUGCUCUCAGUCUACUGCCUGAGGAGAUGUAUCCAAUGGUGCACGAACCCCCAUAGACAUGACAGCAAACACAAGAAGUUCAACUGACUUUAUUUACAUUUUGAUGCCUCAGUUUUACAGUCAUUUUUCUACUUGUUUGCUUGUAAGGAUGUGUAAGUCAUAUUAAAAAAAAAUAUGAACCACUUUCUAUUAAAAAAAAUUAUAAAUAUGUGAAAAAAACUAGAAGGGAUCAUAUAUGAUAUGGCAGAACUAACAAUAUUCUCAACAGCAGGAAAGUUCGUGAGAUCCGUAAAUUACACAUAGACAGUAUCGAAGAAGCUCUCACUGUGCAAUGGCGUAAGCAUGGAAAUCACGAAGAGAAGACUAAGAUCAGGUAUUGGCAGCCAUCAGUUGCUCUAAAAGAUGCAAAUGUCAAUAUCACGUAAAAUACGGAGGAAGUAGUUAGAAUUGAGGGAAAAAAACAUCACUGAACUGUACAGUGAUCAGGGUAGGCAGGUGGAUGAUAAUCAGAUGCACACACAGACAAACCAACAGCAACGACAACAGAAAAACUUCAAAUUUUCGUUCUCAUGAGGUAAAGACUUAGUAUGCUAGGGAAUUUUUUUUUUUCCGUUAUCGAUUUUUUCCACUCACCAAAUUGAAAACAACACAACCAGUCUUGCAUGGCUGGCAAAUUUUGGUCACCUGCGACACACACACACACACACACACACACACACACACACACACACACACACAUUCACACACUACAUCGUUAAGGUUAUCAAGUAUUUCCUGCUAAACAUACAGUGACAUUUAGUUCAAGCUUUUAGGACAGCUGACGUACUAACCUCAGUCAGCGUCACCUUGCCAUCCUUUCCUAGAUGUUGGUAAUAUAAAUUUAAGCGGUCCGGACAACAAAUAUUUCGGGAAAAUAAAGUGAUUUUUUUUCCUACGCGAGAAAUGCGAAUUAAGAAUUUCAUGUGUCAAAAUUACGCAUUUUCAAUUUGAAAUACUAAAAAACGAAACAUUUUGAUAUAAAUAUCCCCGGGAAGAUUUUUUCCCCUCUCAUAUUAUUUAUAAAAAAAAUGUCGGCUUACAAUACAUAAAUUUUUGUUUCCAUAUUCAUCACAUGCAUCCCUUAUGAUUCCCAUUAAAAUCCUAGAGUAUAAUUCGCUAAUCCUGGACUCGCAACAUGGUUUCCGUAACAACAGAUCUUGUUUGUCGAAUCAAUUAACGUUCUAUAACGAGCUUUUUGCAGUCUAUGAUGUUUCUAAAUCACUUGAUAUUAUUUAGUUGGACUUCCAGGAUGCGUUUGAUAAAGUUCCACACUACAAGUUACUUCAUAAAAUCAAGGAAAUAGGCAUCGGGGGUAAGCUUCACGAAUGGAUCAGGCACUGGCUAAGCAAUAGAAAGCAAAGAGUUGUAAUAAAUGGAGUGACCUCUGAGUGGAUGCCAGUCACUAGUGGUGUCCCCCAAGGCUCUGUCCUGGGACCCGUUCUCGUCGUCAUUCACAUCAACGACAUUGACCUUGGUCUCAAUAAUUUCGUUAGUAAAUUUGUGGACGACACGAAAUUCGGCAAUGCGGUACUUACAGAAUGUGACAGGCGGAGCCUACAAGAAGAUUUGCGUAAAAUAUCAGAUUGGUCAGUAAAAUGGGAAGUGCCUUUUAAUAUAAACAAGUGCCAGAUUCUGCAGGUUGGAUCUAGAAAUAUAAAGGUCUAUGGAAUGUGCGGCGUUAAAAUUAAAAGCGUUCACUCGGUCAAAGCUCUUGACGUCACAGUCGCGUCUAACCGCAAGUUUUCCCAGCAGUGCAACGAGUCCGUUAAAAAAAGCAAACAGGAUGAUGGGUUUGCUUAAGAGAAAUUUUUCAUUCAAGAAUAAAGAUGUUAUACGUACUACCUUUGUAUAAUAGUUUCGUCAGACCUCAUUUGGAGUAUGCCGUGCAGUUUUGGUCUCCCCACCAUGCGAAAGACAUUGCUAAAUUAGAAAGUGUUCAGCGUAAAGCAACCAAGAUGAUUCCAUCAUUACGAAACAAACCCUACGAGGAAAGGCUGUCACAUCUAAACCUGUUUUCUCUUGAAAAACGCCGCCUAAGAGGAAAACUGAUCGAGUGCUUUAAAAUACUUAACGGUUUUACCAACGUGGAUCCGACCAAGCUGUUUGUGAUGGAUGAUUCGACGCGAACGAGAAAUAAUGGCGCUAAACUCAAAUGUAGACAAGUUCAUUCAGAUUGCACAAUGUUCACUAGAUCAGUUUCAACGUCAUGGUGGCCGUAUAACAACUGUCACUUAGGUUUAGGACAGACCACCUAGUUUGGCCCUAGGGCCUGUGUGGUCUGGUUAUCUUUGUAAUUCUAUGUAAAUCUCUCUCUCUCUCUCUCUCUCUCUCUCUCUCUCUCUCUCUCUCUCUCUCUCUCUCUCUCUCUCUCUCUCUCUCUCUCUCUCUCUCUCUCUCUCUCUCUCUCUCUCUCUCUCUCUCUCUAUUAUUACUAAGUAAAUUAUAUACUUACGGUAUUCGUGGCAAUGCUUACAACUGGUUCAAGAGCUAUCUCACAAACAUAAAGUAAUAUACAGUAUAUAACAAUGUGUCCUCCCCAUACAGCUUCGCUCCGUGUGGUGUGCCUCAGGGAUCGAUUCUCGGCCCAGUAUUAUUUCUAAUAUACACUAUUGACAUCGUUCGCUGUACCAACAAACUAAAUUAUUUACUCUAUGCCGAUGACACCACUAUUUUCCUCCAAGGAAUGAAUCUGGAAAAUGUUGCACACACUCUAAAUACUGAAUUGAAUAAAGUUUAUAAUUGGAUCAUAAGCAACAUAUUAACUUUAAAUACCAACAAGACUCACUUCAUGAUAUCCAGUCCUUUAAUGACUCGACCAAUACGUACAAUAGUUAAAAUCAACAAUCUUGAAUUAAAUGAAUUUCAUGAGUUUAAAUUUCUAGGAAUAAUCAUUGAUAGUAAUUUAAAAUGGAAAGAACAUUUAAAUCUAAUAAAAUCGAAGGUAUCAGUAUUAAUAGGCAUAGUAUAUAGAUUAAGAGAUUGUCUUAACGCAAAUUGUAUUCGACAAAUUUAUCUAACGUUAAUAUAGCCACACUGCUGCUGUGCUAUAUAGGGAGGAGCAUAUAAAGCCUACAUCGAUAGUCUCGUCACCACUAAAAAAAAAAAAAAAAAAAAAAAAAAAAAAAAAAAUGUUAUGGAUAGUCUUUUAAAAGACGCUACGACCACACCAAUGAUAUUUUCAGAGAUUUAAAAUUACUUAAAGUACCAGAGAUACUUUAUUUACAGAGCAGCUUUUUUGUACACAAAUGUUUUAAUUCCUGUAAUGUUGAGCGUGACUACACAAUAAUCACCACCAACAACAACACAAGAAGACCCCGUAUUUUACGUGUACCGUUAUGAAGAACAACUCACGCCCAACAGCGUGUCAUGUCAAGAGGAGCUAACAUCUGGAAUAAUUUAUCAGAAGAGUUUUUAAAUUGUAGUAAUAUAGAUUUAUUUGAAUGUAAACUAACUAAAACACUGUAUGAUAAGUAUAAAUAAUUUUCAGUACAAUUCGAAAUGUCAUAAUUUUUUUCCUUCUUUUUUUUUUCUUUUUUGUGAUUGUGAAUUUCUUGGGAUUUCUUUGUGCCUUUACAGUUUGCCACCAACAUACAGUGUCCAUUGUAUAUGAUAUAUGUAGUGUGUUAAUAUGCCUGUGUAUUCGCAUGUUAUUAUGUUUAUGAUUUUGUUUACAAACAUGAAAUACUAUAUAACUUGGAUGGCCUAACAAGUCCCUUGGUAUGUAUAAUACUAAUACUAAUAAUAAUGAUGAUAAUAAUAAUAAUAAUAAUAAUAAUAAUAAUAAUAAUAAUAAUAAUAAUAAUAAUAAUAAUAAUAAUAAUAAUAAUAAUAAUAAUAAUAAUAAUAAUAAUAAUAAUAAUAAUAAUAAUAAUAAUAAUAAUAA